AUGGUGCUCGCGGGCGGGCAGGCGAGGGGCGACGCUGGGGGCGGCGGCGGCGGCGGCCCCCGGGCUGGGCUGGGGAGCUGGCCGGCCCCUGGGCGGCCGCGGCGGGGGCGGCGGCGGCUCGGGCUCCGGCGGCUCGGGCUCGGCUGGGGGACUGCGCUGGCGGGGCGGCUCCGCGGGGUCCUCCUCUCGACCGGCUCGGCUCCCUUUAUCGCGCUCCUCCGCGAUGGCGGCGGCGGCGGCGACGGACAAACAUCUCACUGCGCAGGCCGAACGUCCUCCUCCUCCUCCUUCUCCUCCUCCGCCUCAGCGAGACGAGAUCCGGCCCAGAGGGUGGAGGGGGGAGGAGGGAGGGAGGAGAGCCGGAGAGUGGAGAGAUUGGGGGAAGGGGGGGUGGGAGGACGGGAGGGGGAAGCGGGCGGCCGCGGCGGGGACGCUCAGAUCUCGCGAGAAGAGGGCGAGCGCGCUGCCCUGGGUGGGGCGGGGCGAAGCCUGGAAGCGGGAGGGGGCAACGGGAGGGGAAGAGAGGAAUAG